UUCGCGACAUACGCCUGCUGCUACCGUGUGAAAGGCUGACAUGCCACGCGACUCGCGAUGUCGUUCCUACCGCGUGAAUAUUUAUGACGCGAUCACCCACUUUGCUUCAUUAUAAAUGGCACUGCCGACCUCAAUGCCUCAUCGCUACUCGCAUACGACCAUAAAAUGCCAAUAAAACGAACUAUCGUGAAUAGACUUGAGCUCCGAAAAUUUAACUUUCUAGUGUAUGUGUUGUUCUGCUGCUAUGUCGUCGAGAGGAGCACCGCGGCUGAAAUGCCGCACGAGUGCGCCUAUCGUACGUCUGAGACGGAAACGUCGGAAGACGCUGUGCUUUUCUGCAAAAUCCGAACAAUAAGCAGUUUGGAUCAUCUUUUACAAAAUAUUAGCCGGACACAUUUCGACGAUGUAAUUUCUUUACACGUUCAAUGCAGUGAAAUUUUGUUCUUUGAAAGCACGCUUGCAGCACAAACUGAAAAGAGCUCCGGUAAACAUUCGACCCUAGGCAAGCUACGAGAUCUUGUCAUUGACAAAUGCAAGAUACGUCAGAUACCGGCACGUGCAUUUGAGAAUUUUAAGGAUUUAAAAUCUUUACACGUGACUACGCACAAUAGUGAAUGGUCUGCAAUGACUAUGGAGUUGCAUGAACAUGCUUUUACGGGACUAAGUGAGUUAAUCGAGUUAGAUUUAAGUGACAAUAAUAUUUGGAGUACUAAAACGGACACGUUUUGCUCAUUGUACAGUUUGAAAACUUUAAAUAUGACCCGAAAUCAUUUGCAAAAUAUAAAAACUAUAGGAUUUUCAGAUUCAGCGCGGGAGCAAAACUUAAGUGUGAAAAGUUGUAAUUUAGUAUUAGAAGCACUUGAUAUGUCUUAUAACGACUUGAUUGUGAUAACUGAAAAUAGUUUGUCGAAAUUACGUUCUCUGUCGAAAUUGUUCCUACAAAACAAUGCAAUAUCUACUCUUGAGGGUGGUGCCUUUGAAGGUCUUAUAAGUUUGCAAGUAUUAAAUCUGUCUAGCAACUUUAUGAACACUAUUCCACCUGAUAUUUAUUCCGAUACGAAAUUUUUAAAAGAGAUUAUACUCAGUAAUAAUACAAUAACGGUUUUACCUCCAGGACUUUUCCAGGGCUUGGAACAACUACAAGUAUUAGAUCUUUCUAAUAACGAAUUAACUAGUCAGUGGAUUAAUAAAGGUACAUUCGCAGGAUUAUUACGUAUGGUAAUAUUAAAUAUUUCAUACAACAGACUUUCAAAGAUAGACCGUUUUAUGUUCCAAGAUUUAUACAGUUUGCAAAAACUAAACUUAGAGCAUAACGAAAUAUCGAUUAUCGAUGAGCACGCUUUCGAACAACUUCGAAACUUACAUUCUCUUACACUUUCAAAUAACAAACUUGUACACGUUCAUACAAACAUAUUCACAGACUUGCAUGUCUUACACGAUCUAUUUUUAGAUAAUAACAAAAUUAAACACAUAGACGAAUAUGCUUUUGAAAACAUGACUGCAAUUGAAGAUUUAGGUCUUAACGAUAACUUGUUACCAACAAUACCAACUUCAAUUCGUAAAUUAAGAUCCCUCAGAUCACUGGAUAUCGGAAACAACAAUAUAACCCAUUUGAAUCGAGAAAACUUUCACGGUCUUACAGAUCUUUUUGGCUUACGUCUCGUAGAUAACAAAGUUACUCAUUUAAAUGAAGAUACUUUUGAACAUUUGCCUCAUUUACAAAUACUUAAUUUAGCAUCUAAUAAAAUAAAACUCGUCUCAACGGGCUGUUUUCGUAAAAAUGUUAACUUACAAUUAUUACGCAUGGAUGGAAAUGAUAUUACAACGUUUGAUGGAAUAUUUUCUUCAUUGAAUAGUUUGGUGUGGUUAAAUAUGUCCGCCAAUAGAAUUUCAUCUUUUAAUUUUAACAGUUUUCCUGGAAGUUUGGAAUGGUUAGAUUUACAUAUGAAUUUUAUUGAUAACAUAUAUUACGUAAAUGAAUUGAACUCUAAUAUUAAUAUUAAGUUAUUAGACUUAAGCUACAACAACAUAACUCAGCUAACCGUUUCUUCUAUACCCAAAUCAAUAGAAAAACUUUAUUUAAAUAACAAUAAUAUACAACACAUACAAGUUGGUACUUUCUCUAAAAUACAAAAGCUGUCAAUUGUUACAUUAAAUAAUAACAAAAUAGUACAACUUGACAUGAACGCAUUCAGGUUAGAUCAAAUAGAUGAAGAUAGCGAUUUACCAGAGUUCUUUAUAAGUGGAAACCCAUUUGUUUGUGACUGCUCAAUGGAAUGGAUUCAGCGGAUCAAUUAUUUAAGUCACAGUCGACAAUACCCGCGUGUGUUGGAUCUCGAUAAAGCUUUUUGUUCAUUGGUUCAUUCGCGAGCUAAAGAGAAAAAAAUGAUAAUAGACAUGUCACCUUCUGACUUUCUGUGUCCAUAUGAAAGUCAUUGCUUUGCCCUCUGCCAUUGUUGUGACUUUGUUGCUUGUGAUUGUGAAAUGAUUUGUCCAAAUAACUGUAAAUGUUAUCACGAUAUAACAUGGAACGCUAAUGUCGUAGAUUGUUCAAACGCGGGGUACACGGAAGUACCAGAUAGAAUACCUAUGGAUGCUACGGAAAUUUAUCUUGAUGGUAAUGACAUUAGUAAUUUGGGUAAUCAUGUGUUUAUAGGUAAAAAAAAGCUACAAGUUCUUUAUUUAAACAAUACAAAGCUAAAAGAAGUAAAUAACCAAACAUUUAAAGGAGUUGAUUCAUUGAGAGUAUUACAUUUAGAGGGUAAUAAAUUAGUUGAGUUAAAAGGAGAUGAGUUUGUACAUCUUAAUAAUCUUAAUGAAUUAUAUUUGGAUCAUAACGCAAUAGUACAUGUUGCAAAUAAUACAUUUUCUGCUUUAAAAUCUCUUUCUGUACUUAGAAUCGAUGAUAACAAACUUGUUAAUUUUUUUCCGUGGAAAUUACUGGCAUCAUCUUCAAAAAGUUUGGCACAUGUUUCCAUAGAGGGCAAUCAGUAUUCUUGUGACUGUAAAAGUAUAGCUGAACUGGAUACAUGGCUUCGAAAAGAUCCAGGGGAUCCUGAAAAAAUGUUAUGUACAGACACCGAAGGCAAAUCAACCAAAAUAACUAUAGCUUCCGUUUUAAGUCAUUGCAAAGAGUACUUAGGAUCGAAACAUGAUCCUACAGUUUCAAAAAAUGAAAUUGUCUCCAAAUCGUUAUUUCUUCCUGAUAACUAUUUUGCUGUUAUAUGUGGUAUUAUUAUUAUUAUAGUUAUAAUAUGCCUGGUAGGUGCUAUUUUUUAUGCAUUCAGGUACGAUGUUAGUGAUUGGUUAUACACUAAUUACGGUGUGCCAUUGUUUAAAGAACAAUCGUGUCCAAACGUCGAUCAUGUAUUGGAAGGAAAUUCCAAUCACAUGUACGAAUACUACGUGAUAUGUAAUACCAAAGAUACCCAAUUUAUAUAUCACAAUAUAAUGUCAGAAAUAGAAUUUAGGAAAAUGUCCUCCAAAAAAUUUACAAUAAAUGAGUCCUCCCUUAACAUACUUACAUUAGAUAGCUUUUCAAAAUCGUCAAAAUUAUCGAAACGCCUCCUAAUAGUUUUGACAACAAACUUCAUAUGCAACGAUCUAUGUGACUUUCAUUUUAAAAAUAUGUUUUAUAGUUACUUAAAGUCUUUGAAUCGUAGCGACAUGAAUAAGAUUAUAUUUGUUAAGAUAGUAGAUAACAAUCAAAUAAAUGAUGAACUGUGUUUUGUGUUAGAUAAGUUCAAAAAUAUAUCGUGGAAUGAUCCCCGUUUCUGGGAUAAAUUCAUUGCUUUACUGAAUUCCACCGACACCAUUAUCACAGUGAAGAGCACUGAAAGAAACGUAUUCAAGAAGUCAUUACGUCAGACUCCAACGUUAAGAUACACUACAAUGCCGGUCACAAACGACAGUUGCUCAAAGAAGACUUUUUCAAAUUCCUUACAGUAUUGUAAAAGAAACGACGGGGAAACAUCACAGAAUGAGAGUUCUCCGUCCUCGGAUAACACGUAUGGGGAAGGGAACAAUUCGAACAAUAGUUACAUGUCAAUUGACAAUAGAACAUGUCCCCGGUUUAAUUAUGACCUCAGGCUUUCUCCGAGCAGUGGUCACGUGUAUUCUAGGGUAGAAGAUAUAUCGCCGACUGUACCUCGCUCUAUAGCAAACACUACUGCUAAAGGUCGCACUUACUUUGUCUGAAAACUUAUUUUACUCGCAUUUGCAUUGUUCUUUUACUUCUAGCACUGAAACUGUUAAGUGCACCUUUUGAAUAUAAUAUUAAAA